AUGUCCAAACCAAAAUCUCGAAUGGUCAAAACACGCAUCUUGAUCAUCUCCGACACCCACGCCGCCUUGCCCGAGCAGCAAGAUGUUUCGGUGAUACAUCGAGGAGGAGCAAACGGCAACGACGACCACGACCACGACGCCGCAACGACACCCUAUCAGACACCCUUCCACCCCCCGUUACCUUCGGCCGACGUUCUGAUCCACGCGGGCGACCUGACCAUGACGGGGUCGUUGAUGGAACACGAGCGGGCCCUGGAGCUCCUCCAAGCCGUCGACGCGCCCCUCAAGAUCGUCAUCCCGGGCAACCACGACCUGACGCUCGACAGGCCCUACUACGCGCGGCACCACGACCUGCACACCCGGUACGCGAGGUACGGCGACGCCACGCUCGACGAGAUCCAGGACAUGUACUCCGGCCCCGAGGCUCGAGCCGCCGGGGUGAGGUACCUCGUCGAGGGCCUCGAGUCGUUCAGGCUCCAGAACGGAGCGAGGUUGAACGUUUACGCGAGUGCCUGGCAGCCGGAAUUUUUCGACUGGGCGUUUGGGUAUCCCAGGAAUCGUGAUCGGUUCAAUCGCAGCGCAGCAGACGGCGACGGGACUUCAAAAAACAACCCUGCGAAUCCUGUUCCGGACUUUGUCCGGGCCCACACGGAAGAUGGUAAAGGUGAAUGUGAAGACGGAGACGAAAGUGAAAAUGUCCAUGUCAUGCUCACACACGGCCCUCCGAUGGGGAUAUUGGACAAGGUGGCCCGGACCAGGGAGAGUGUAGGGUGUGAACACCUCCGAAGGGCAGUGGAGAGGUGUCGACCCAAGAUCCAUUGCUUCGGACACAUUCAUGAAGCUUGGGGCGCGGUGAGAAAGGCGUGGGAUUUAGGUGGUACCCAAAACGCGGGUACGAGCACCGGAAGGUCAGUCGGCGAUGAUGUCGACGACGACGACGACGACAACAACGAGAAGGGAACGAGAGCGAGCGCCGCCACGAGUAGUGGUGGUAACCCAGACCAACCCCCAGGUCAAUUCGACCCCAUACGUAACCCGACGACAGUGUACACGUACGGCGACUACGGGACUACUGGACACGAGCACCCCGGCGAAACCCUCAUUCAACCGGGCUCAUAUCAAGACCAAAUCGGCAGGAUGGCCGCAUACGUCGACGCCACGGACCUCGAACACGGCAAGGAAACCGUCUUUGUGAAUGCGAGCAUAAUGAAUUUACGAUACAGGGCCGUAAACGCACCUUGGCUGGUUGAUGUAGAAUUGCCCGUUGUGGAGUAGAUGUCUAGUGAAGAGAGUGGUGCAAAAAGGGGGACACACAACACCAGAGGGCAACGCACAAAGGCAUGGAAGUGAGAAAAGAGGCAACAAAAGUUUGCACCUAGCCAUCUCAUUCGAAAUAUUAACUUGGCCC